CAUUCUGUCAUUUCGAUUGCGGCAUUGCAAUGAACACUAUACCAGUUGUUGUAUGAAUACCUACCUACACGAGGUUGUAGUAUUUUUACGAUUGCUUCAGCGCUUCGAAAAAGACAAUCGAAAAUCAAACAAAAUUAUUUAAAACAAAAUAACGUAAUAACAAAUUAUUUAUUAUAUCAAACAGUAUUUAUUUUUCGUUACAAUUAUUUAUGUGAAUCGUUCUCAUAUUGUAUUUCCGAACAAUUCUGUGACGCACGAUCUAUUCAAUACCUAUGCUAUUAUAUAAUACGAAUUACGAAUUAUAAUUAUUAAUUUUUUUUUUUUUUGAACAAUGAAAUUCAUAUGUUGUGUAUUUUUGUGUGGUGUUUUGUGGAGUUCACCAUCACAUAGUUUUAAAAAAAUACGUGUGGGUUUAGGUGAACCGAAUUCACCGUUAACUAAAAAUGUGAUCGACGUUGAAGACAAAUGGUUUAUACAAAAACUAGAUCACUUUAAUCCUACUGAUAAUAGAACAUGGAAACAGAGAUAUCAAGUAACCCAGAAAUAUUACAAAAAGGAUGGCCCUGUGUUUUUGAUGAUAGGAGGAGAAGGUCCUAUUUCAGCCAAAUGGAUGUACAGUGGGGCUUGGAUUAAUUAUGCUGAAGAAUUUAAUGCUUUAUGUUUUCAAUUGGAACAUCGGUAUUAUGGAAAAAGCCAUCCUACUGAAGAUAUGAGUACCAAAAAUUUAGUAUACUUGAGUAGUGAACAAGCAUUAACGGAUUUGGCGGAAUUUAUAGUCAAUAUUCAAAUAAAGUAUGACAUUCCAGCUACUACUAAAUGGAUAGCAUUUGGAGGAUCUUACCCAGGAUCUUUGGCUGCAUGGUUGAGAAUGAAAUUUCCACAUCUAGUGCAUGCUGCAGUAUCUUCAAGUGGUCCUUUAUUGGCAAAAAUAGAUUUUAAAGAAUAUUUUAAGGUGGUUGAAAAUGCAUUAGCAACGUAUUCACCGGAAUGUGUAUUACAAAUCAAACAAGCAAAUCAAAUGAUCAAUAGCCAAAUCAAAACAAGCAAAGGAGCAAAAAUAAUUGAAAACAAAUUUAAAUUAUGUGAUCCCUUAAAUAUAAACACAAAAAAUGACGUGGAAAACUUGUUUGAGACUUUAGCUGGAAAUUUUGCUGACAUUGUACAAUACAAUAAGGAUAAUAGACUUUAUGAAAAUCCUGAACGGUCAUUAGUAACAUUGGAAACUUUAUGUGAUAUUAUGGUUAACAAAACAAUAAUAACAGCAUUAGACAGGUAUGCAGAUGUUAAUAACAAACUGUUAUCCAUCAAUAAUUUAACUUGUACAGAAUACGUCUAUAAAAAGAUGAUCGAUUCUUAUUUGAAUACAAGUUGGAACAGUGAUUCAGCAGCAGGAGGUCGACAAUGGACAUAUCAAACUUGUACAGAGUUUGGCUUUUUUCAAACAUCUAAUCAAGAUGAUCAUGUGUUUGGUAAUCAGUUUCCAGCUUCAUUUUUUAUUGAUAUGUGCUCUGAUAUUUUUGGAAAGCUGUAUAAUUUUGAUAUUUUGUCUAAUGGAAUUAAAAGAAGUAAUAUUAUGUACGGUGAAUUGAACAUAAAAGAAAACCGAGUAAUUUAUGUUCAUGGAUCUGUUGAUCCAUGGCAUGCAUUAGGCAUCACUCAGACAAAAUCAAAAAAUAACGUUGCAAUUUAUAUUGAAGGGACAGCUCAUUGUGCAAACAUGUAUCCUCCAUCUCCUACAGAUCUUCCGCAGCUGAAACAUGCUCGUGAGAUGAUUAGAGCAUUUUUGAAUGAAUGGUUGACAGAAAAUGACAAUGACUCAUCUGAAGUCGACAAUAUAGAAUUUAAAUACAAAGUUUAAAAUCCAAUAUUUUUGUUAAUUUCAAAAUUGAAUUUCGAUAAGUUAGUAUUAGGUAAUAAGAAUAAUAAUAUUACAUUAUACGUGAGAACGUGGAUAGAUAUAGAUUUUUUUAAAUGAAUAAGUACAUUUCUUUUUUUAAUAACAACUGUUUAUGUCUGUAUUAUACACUAAUAUAAUUACAUUUAUAAUAAUAUUUAUCAAGAUGUAAAAACAUUUUUAUUUUAUUUUUAUUUUCUUGGAGGGAGAUAACCCCUAAAUUCUCCCCUCUGAUUGUGCUGCUGUUAAUACCUAUUAAAUAAAUUACGUAUUAUAAUAAUGAA